CGCAGAAAAAUACAACGCCGAGAAUUAGGAUGGCUGGAUAAUUUUUUUCCUUCAGUAAAUUACCAAAAAGAAAAGGAGAAAAGGAAGGAAGGAAAAAAAAAGAAAAAAGGAAAAAAAAAAGGCCUCUUUCCCAUCUCUUCUCGGCGAUGAUCUCUCUGUCAUCAAAUUUGGGGAUUCUUCAAGUCUUUUUCGCAAUGGCCAAGGGUUUGAGUUACGUAUUGUAUCUCUGUUGAUGAAGUCGAAGCUGCAAGUACCUGAAAUUUGGGGAAGUUCAAAAAUUAGACCAAGAUAUUUCAUGGGAAAUGGAAUAUAAUAAUUCAAAAGAAAAAGAAGUGGUUGUUGAUAUCGACAGUGUUAGUGCAAGUGGUGGAGCUGAUACGAGAACUGGUCCCAAUUUGGGAAGAAAUUGUUGAACAAGCUUACUAGUGGAGUAUUGGGCUUAAACAGAUCACCUAAGGUAGCAGCAAUCCUCGAGGGUUGGGUAAGGAUUCUCAUGAAGCUGUAGAAUUGUUGAUAGACAAGGGACCAGGUGAUCGACAGAUUCACGAGCUUUUACCUCUUAUAGAGAAGAAACAUGAGAAAGAGAGAUGGAAAACUGGAAAGUCUAAGAAGGCGGCUGCCAAGCCUCCAAGACCUCCUAAAGGUCCGUCCUUGGAUGCUGCUGAUAUGAAGUUGGUUAGAGAGAUUUCUGAGCAUGCCACUAAGAAGCGUGAGAGGAUUGAUCCAAUGAAAGCGUUGAAGAUGAAAGCAGCCAAAAAAUCAUCACCAUCGUCCACCACUACCAUAUCCGCUAUGAUCAUCACAAUCCUCUUUUUCCUAGUGAUGAUCUUCCAAGGACUCGGUUCCAAAAAGAGUUUAAUAGAGACAUCGCUGGGGGCUCCCGAGCAAGCAAUAGAGACAGAAGGCUUGAUUUCUGUUGAGUUCUACAAAUCUAGGGAACAAGUCCCUCUCCAGGAUGAUAGGAUAACACAUCUAUAACGUUGCUGACAAUCAGAGACUAUUUGUUGCUGAUAAAUAUGUUGAAAUUGCAACACUUGGAUUCCUUUGUACAAUGAUUUGUAAUUAGAAUGUGAACCAACAGGAAUUUUUAGUGAAAAUGGGAUUUUCGAGAGAAAUUGUGGAUUCAAAACAACAAUAGAAACAUUUGAGUCUUCGAUUUGGAUUUAGUCUUAGAUUUUGUAUUUCAAAUCUUGUAUAUCUGGAGAAGUAUGUAUUUACCUAAAAUACAUGCAAUAGAAUCUUUGUGAACUUCGGAUGAUCUUUAGAUCUUGGACCAUAUGGUGGUUGAUUUGGUAGUAAAUACAAAUUAUGGACUUUCAUUA